UCCGGCGGUAUUAUUUGCUAUCUGAGAUCGUUUCAGAUUAACAAAGCGUGUGCACUACGCGAUAUUCUCUUUCUAAUCUUGUGCAGCGAGCUGGUUCUCUACUUUAUAUUAACAGAAGGACGUACUACGAUAUCAGAAGCUACCGCUCUUUUAGCAUUGUUUUUAAUAUAUGUGAUCGUUAAUGUAAUCGAUCUAAAACUAUCACGUAUUUACAUGGAGGGAGUGAAAAGAAAGAUUGCCGAAAUGAAAACCAGAGACUUGACGAUCAGUGAUCAUGAGGAACUAAGCAUCCUCGAGCUAGAAUUCUCUACCUUAGAGAUAGACAAUAUGAUGGGGCUGCACAACUAUCGGCACACCUAUUACUACGAUAAUAUGAUUCGGAAGAGUUCUUUGCGCAGGUCCACCAUUCGGCAUUCUACGCUUGGACCUGGACGUAUCUCCAAACCAAUUCCACAAGAAAAAGGCAUUGACUUGAACAGCACAAGGAAUAUACUCCAUAAUCCGGAGAACCCCAAGAACAU